GCUGCCGAAAUUGUUUGUUUACCCGCGGCGUUCACACGAGCUUUUUCUGAAAGCGCUAGUCAAAGCUCUGUAGAUUGCCAACUGUGCGCUUUAAAUUGCAAUUAAUACACGGUACAUGUGCAGUUAAUGCAUUUGCAUGUGUGUUCUUUUAAAGGGAAGCCUGCCUGUUUGAUGGACGAUGGAAAUCCGGACUGGGCACCGAGUCUGCGGCUGGGCCACGGCCGUUAUGACCGCACUACUGUGGUUUCAUCCGCGCGUUACAUGCGGUGUAAACGGCGACAGCAGAACAAGCCACGUGCAGUGUGCAAGCAGCCCGUGAGGCCUGUAACGCCACCUGAGCACGCCAUAGGCUCGGAACUAGAGCCUGAUGAGCUCACUCCAAUGGGCCCCAUUCUGGAGUCUACUACAACGACAGAGGCAGAAGUCCAAACUGAGCUCACGUGCAGAGACCUCCAAUUGCUAGAAGAAGAUUACCGCAAACUAUCCGUUGAGCUGGCCACGUUGAAACAGCAAAAAGAGGAAAUGGAAAUGUCAGAGGCGUCCCUGCGUGAAGACCCCAACAAAGUGUCAUUCUACACAGGCCUUCCAAAUUUUGUAGUUUUAAUGGCUGUGUUCAACCUGCUAGAGAAGUUUGUUAAACACACACCACAAAACUCAUUGGUAAAGUUUCAAGAAUUUUUAGUGUUCUUAAUGAAGCUUAAGUUGAACCUGCCAUACCAAGACCUUGCUUACCGCUUUAAUAUAUCGGAAUCGACAGUAUGUCGGAUAUUUGACAAAUGGCUACACGUUGCAUUUUGCAGACUGAAGCCUCUGAUGUCAUGGCCCUCAAGGCAAGCAAUAAGGAGGACAAUGCCUCAAGCCUUUUUUGAAUCAUUCGGAGAAAAGGUAGCGGUCAUAGUCGACUGCUUUGAGAUCAAGCUUGAACGGCCGUCAUCCCUGCAACCAAGAUGUCAGACUUGGUCCCAGUACAAAUCUAGCAAUACAGCCAAGUACCUUAUCGGAAUAUGUCCUCAGGGAGUGAUCACCUUUAUUUCCGAUGGUUGGGGAGGCAGGACCCCUGACAAACAUAUUACUGAACACUGCGGCAUUCUUGACCAUUUAUCUCAUGGUGAUGUGGUACUGGCUGACAGAGGCUUUGAUAUUGCCGACAGUGUAGGCUUGUACUGUGCAAAGCUCCACAUACCUGCAUUCACCAAAGGCAAAAGACAAUUGUCAGCAGUGGAUGUCGAGGCAACGAGAAAUAUUGCAAAUGUCAGAAUUCACGUUGAGAGGGUGAUCGGCUUGGUUCGUAACAAGUAUGUCAUAAUGAAAUCCGUUCUGCCACUAGAGUAUGCGACUCUCAAACAGGGACACCAGUUCGCACCUCUAGAUAAAAUCGUCAACGUUUGCUGUGCACUGAGAAAUUUCUGUCAAUCUGUUGUUCCUGCAAAUCCAGAGCCAUGUAGCUAAGCUUGCCGAGUAUGCGUGGUAUUUGGAAAAGGCUAUUCUUGCACGAUAAUGUGAGAGAGAAUAGUCUAGAGGAAUUUGAACUCCCACAAGUAAUGCCGGAAGAAGUAAAGAACGCCUUGGGAGCUAUGCAAAGGGGGAAGGCAGCUGGGGAGUAUCAGGUAACAGCAGAUUUGUUGAAGGAUGGUGCGCACAUUGUUCUAGAAAAACUGGCCACCCUGUAUACACAAUGCCUCAUGACCUCGAGCGUACCGGAAUCUUGGAAGAACACUAACAUAAUCCUAAUCCAUAAGAAAGGGGACACCAAAGACUUGAAAAAUUAUAGACCGAUCAGCUUGCUGUCCGUUACCAGGCAGGAUUCCAUAAAGGCUACUCAAUAGACCAUAUUCACACUAUCAAUCAGGUGAUAGAGAAAUGUGCGGAAGAUAACCAACCCUUAUAUAUAGCUUUCAUUGAUUACGAGAAAGCGUUUGAUUCAGUCGAAACCUCAGCAGUCAUGCAGACAUCAUGGACUCUGGA